UUUUAUUUAUGGUGGCCAGUUAUUCCGAAGGGUGUAUUUGGGUGAUUGAAGUGGGGGGCGCAGUUGGUGUAGGAGGGCGGUGGGAGAAUAUCAAGUGACAGACUUUGAUUCUCUUUGGACAGGUGGCCAUGGCCUCAGUGCCCACUCUGGGCUCCGAGGCCCCUGACUUAUUUCCUGGGCUGCAGCCGGCGGCCUCGACUCUGGCCAACCAGAGCGCAGAGGCCUCGGCGGGUAACGGGUCAGCGGCUGGCCCGGAUGCUCAGGCCGUCACGCCAUUCCAGAGCCUGCAGCUGGUGCAUCAGCUGAAGGGGCUGAUCGUACUGCUCUACAGCAUCGUGGUGGUCGUGGGGCUGGUGGGAAACUGUCUGCUGGUGUUGGUGAUCGCGCGGGUGCGUCGGCUGCACAACGUGACCAAUUUCCUCAUCGGCAACUUGGCUUUGUCCGACGUGCUCAUGUGCACCGCCUGCGUGCCGCUCACGCUGGCCUACGCCUUCGAGCCUCGCGGCUGGGUGUUUGGCCGCAGCUUGUGCCACCUGGUCUUCUUCCUGCAGCCCGUCACCGUCUACGUGUCUGUGUUCACGCUCACCACCAUCGCCGUGGACCGCUACAUGGUGCUGGUGCACCCGCUGCGCCGGCGGAUCUCGCUGCGCCUCAGCGGCUACGCGGUGCUGGCCAUCUGGGCGCUGUCCGCGGUGCUGGCGCUGCCCGCCGCCGUGCACACCUACCACGUCGAGCUCAAGGCGCACCGCGUGCACCUCUGCGAGGAGUUCUGGGGGUCUCAGGAGCGCCAGCGCCAACUCUAUGCUUGGGGGUUGCUGCUAGUCACCUACCUGCUCCCCCUGCUGGUCAUCCUCCUGUCUUAUGUCCGGGUGUCGGUGAAACUCCGGAAUCGCGUGGUGCCAGGCUGCGUGACCCAGAGCCAGGCCGACUGGGACCGCGCACGACGCCGACGCACCUUCUGCCUGCUGGUGGUGGUCGUGGUGGUGUUCGCCGUCUGCUGGCUGCCGCUGCACAUCUUCAACCUGCUGCGGGACCUCGACCCUGGCGCCAUCGACCCCUACGCCUUCGGGAUAGUGCAGCUGCUUUGCCACUGGCUUGCCAUGAGCUCAGCCUGCUACAACCCCUUUAUCUACGCCUGGCUGCACGACAGCUUCCGUGAGGAGCUGCGCAAGCUGUUGUUGGCCUGGCCCCGAAAGAUUGUGCCACACCGCCAGAGCAUGACAGUCAGCGUGAUCAUCUGAUGCCACUGUGCCGGGCCUUGGCUGGGAAGCUCCGUGUCCACUGGUCUCCAAGGGUGUCCACCCGAGGCUGGGCUGGAGAGCUUAUUCCCAGCAACAGAUCUAAGCCAAUAGAGGCAAAACUUCUAGUCUAGCCCUCUUGCCCUGCUGUCUUGUCAUUGUGUCUUUGUAAAAUGUUAAGUGGGCUUUGGUGGGAGUCUCCUGCUUUGCUUGGAGGAGGCCAGGCAGAGGGAAGAGGAUUUAUUAUUUCCUCUUUAUGCCCUUGAAGGCCAAAAAAGCCCUUUCUCCAGGUUCAGGACAGUGUUUCCGUACUGUAGCUGUCUUCCUCGCUUUUCCUUCUGCUUGCUCAAUGGUGAGAUGAAGGAACAAUGGGGGUGGGAAUUAAAAUGCCUGCAUUGGGGUUGGUAAAGCUUUUCAGGUUGCCUUUUAAAAAGGACUCAACUGUGCUGUUAUACAUGAUAUUGCUUAGUCAGUUUGAACCCAUUAUUUUCUAGGAUUCUAGGAAAAUAUGUAUUACAAAUCUACAUCUAGGAUUUCAGCAUUCCCUGAAUAAGACCCUUAUACAACAAAAGAGUUUUAAUUUUAAAUUCACUUGAAUUGAUAGUACAAAAACACUUACCAGCCACCUUUCAAAAUGUCCUAUUAUUUUCCCCCUUUAUUACUCCCCAACUCCGAUUUGAAAUGAUGAGAUGACUUCGUCAAGAAAAGAUAAGAAAAUAAGGAUAAAGAGGAAAAGGCUUAAACCACUUAAGGGGACAUAUAACUGUGCAUAGGACAGACGUCCUAUCUACGUGUUUGUUUGUGUGUGCACACCCAGUGUUGCCAGAAGGCAGACACUCAAAUAUUUGAUUUUCUGAAUAGUCAAUGUCAACCAUGUGCCAUAGCAUUCUCUUGCUUUUUCUAAUUACUCAGUUGCAACAGAUCAACAGCUGUCAACUGACUGUUCAACACGUGCUCUGUGGUGACACACUUGGAACAUGCUCAACCCAGAAUACGAGGACUGGGAGAAGUUUACUUCAGGCUGGAACAGAAAAAUAAACUGCCACCCACUGGAGGCAUAGAUUAAACAGUUAAUUCCUUCCAGGGUUAAGGGAACAGGUGAAUACUGUUAGGCCACCAUGCCAGGCUGAUAAUGCUCACCUUAACCUCCUGAGAGUUCUGUAAAUGAGGACGAGUGCCCUGGGACAAGGGUUUCCACAUUGACGUUGGAACAGUGACGAGGGCAUGAGGGCAGGACUCUUGGGAAAUGAUACUCAAUAUUCAGCUGUCAGAUCAGCCCCGGUGGCAUAUAUGGCAUGAACUAGUGUCUGCAGCCACUCAGCUACCAUUUGUAAGAUUCUAAUACUGCCCCAGCUCACUGAACAGCAGAAUCAAUGUUUCUCCACCUCUUCCCCUCUCUUACUCUCCAAAAUAACUCAUUCACUCAUUAAACUGUGCUCUGAAAGGAAGGGAAAGAGGGACUGAUUUGGGGAUGGCAAGGAUUAAAUCCUAUUACUUCAAUGUCAGGAACCACGAUGGCAGAGUAAGUAUUCAUGGUUGGGCUAGUUAGCAAGAUGAGUCUUUAGUAGUUAUGUGACUAGACUUUUUGCAGCACAGGAAGGGCAAGAAAAUGCUGGAGAAAGGAAAAGCCUGGUUAGCUUGAGAUAUGCAAGUUACCUCUGGCAAUGGCACUAAAACUAACUUUCAGCUUUAUCUAUGGAUGUGGAGAACAAGGAGCCUGUGCUCUGAUAAUGUAGCCCACCCACCACAAUACGUCACUCCCCCUUCCCCAGAUGAGCUGUUUCCCAGGCCUCCCGGGGCUGGCUCCUCUGCUUCCAGCAGCUCCAUCACUUGGGAGGUGCAAGGCCAGACAUUUCUUGUUUCCUCUGAGCAUUCUUUUGACGGUAUGCGUGGGGAGAUCAGGGGAAGGGGGAAAGGCGGGAUCAUUGGGGAGGGAUCCGAUUAAUUGUAGAUACUAUCUUGGAAGGUUUAAGUCACUGGUUCUCAGUCCUGACUGCUCCAAAAUCACCUGGGGAGCUUUCAAAAAACAUCACUGCCCAGGCCCUAUCCCCAGAGCGUCCAACUGUUUUUUUUUUUUUAAGUCCACUCUUUG